ACUCAGGAAUUGAAAGUUGUCCAAGUGGGGUUUUCAGUCUUCAAAUUCAUAACUCCAACACCCCCUAGUUUCUUUAAGGUCAUGGAUUCCUCCAUUUCUACACAAGCGGAUGGUGCUGCUGCCACCCAAGCGGAUGGUGCUGCUGCCUCCCAAGCAGAUGGUGCUACUGCCACUGCUACUGCCACCCAAGAGGCUGCUGCUGCAACCCAAGCUGAAGCUACUGAUGGUGAGUUGCCCCUAGUUCCACCUAGUGUAGUGAGUAAGACUGGUACUGGUAGUGGUAGGAAAAAGUCUUUAGCUUGGAAUCAUUUUGAAAAAGUAAAGGUAGAUGAUGGUGUCACUAUGGCUGUAUGUAAUUAUUGUAAAAAAUCAUAUCUGGCUGAUAGUAAGAGUUGUGGUACUAGUAAUUUAUUAGCUCAUGUGACAAUCUGUCCUAAGAACCCUAAUAGAGAAGAUAAAGGGCAGAAAACCUUGGCUUUUGAACCCAAAAAUGAUGGAGAUGAAGGGUUCAAACUUGUGUCAACAACUUUUUCUGUUGAGGCUUCUAGAAAGGCACUAGCUGAAAUGAUAAUAAUUGAUGAGUUGCCUUUUAGGUGUGUUGAGGAGAUGUAA